CGGUUCUUUCAGAGCUGGCGGGUUGGAGCGGCGGCCGCUAUUUUUGGGGUUCUCUGUGUCGCCUCCCCUCUUUCGCUUCGUCUAGCCGGAGCGAGCCGCGGAAGGCGAACGGGCGGCCUCCCGCCUCUUUUCCUCCCGCCCGCCGGCCGGUCGGCGCCCCUUUUUCCCCCUCAGCCUCGCCUCUCCCCUCACGGAUACCAACAUGGCGGCGGUGUCGGGGGCCGCCGUGGGCAGCCCUGCCGGGGUCCCGGAGAUGGUGCGCGGGCAAGUCUUCGACGUGGGGCCUCGCUACACCAACCUCUCCUAUAUCGGGGAAGGGGCUUACGGGAUGGUCUGUUCAGCCUAUGAUAAUUUGAACAGAGUUCGGGUGGCGAUAAAGAAAAUCAGUCCUUUCGAACACCAGACUUACUGUCAAAGAACCCUGAGAGAGAUCAAAAUCCUGUUGCGUUUCAAGCAUGAAAAUAUUAUUGGGAUCAAUGACAUCAUUAGAGCUCCAACUAUUGAUCAAAUGAAAGACGUCUACAUUGUGCAAGAUCUCAUGGAGACAGAUCUUUACAAACUCUUGAAGACUCAACAUCUCAGCAACGAUCACAUUUGUUACUUCCUUUACCAAAUUCUGAGAGGAUUGAAAUACAUCCAUUCAGCCAACGUAUUGCACAGGGAUCUCAAACCGUCCAACUUGCUGCUAAACACUACUUGUGAUCUCAAGAUAUGUGAUUUUGGUUUGGCUCGUGUGGCAGACCCAGAUCAUGACCACACUGGUUUCCUAACAGAAUAUGUAGCUACACGUUGGUACAGAGCUCCUGAAAUCAUGUUGAAUUCUAAGGGAUAUACCAAAUCUAUUGAUAUUUGGUCUGUGGGCUGUAUUCUGGCAGAGAUGCUAUCAAACAGACCCAUCUUCCCAGGGAAACACUACCUUGAUCAGCUCAACCACAUUCUUGGAAUUCUUGGGUCUCCUUCCCAAGAAGACUUGAACUGUAUAAUCAACGCAAAAGCGAGAAAUUACUUGCUUUCUCUACCGUAUAAAAAUAAAGUUCCCUGGAACAGAUUAUUUCAAAAUGCUGAUCCCAAAGCUCUUGAUCUGUUGGAUAAAAUGUUGACUUUCAACCCUCACAAGAGAAUUGAAGUGGAAGAAGCUUUGGCUCACCCUUACCUAGAACAGUAUUACGACCCCAGUGAUGAGCCUGUAGCUGAAGCACCGUUCAAAUUUGAUAUGGAGCUGGAUGACUUGCCGAAGGAAAAACUGAAAGAACUAAUUUUUGAGGAAACGGCCAGAUUCCAGCCAGGAUACAGAUCCUAAAUGGCAUAAGGGAUAAAGGAAUUAAAGGGCUGGGCACACUCUUCGCAGACGUUCUCUUCCUGGUUCUUUCUCUAUGAUUAUAUGACGUGGCCUCCUUCAGUUUAUCCACUAAACAUUUCAAGCCAUUCAGGAGGACCAUUUCUAUGGUUGUCCUGGCUUUCUAUGUCUUCAACCGAUUUCUCUCUGCGACGCCUGAAGAAACGUUACCAAUACUCCUGCGUGUAAACCCCACCCCUCGCCCCGCCCAACCGAUCUUUUGCAGGUACUGUCUUUUCUCUCUUAAACACACCACCCUUAGAUGACGCCGGUUGGUUUAGACCUUGUCCCUUUCUGGUUUGAAAGAUGCAGUGUUGGUUUCUGACCUUAAGGAGAGGGCAGGCUGUUUUAUACCUUGAAAUCAUUUUUCGGUUUUCUAAGAUUUUUGUAACGGCAUUUGAGAGGAAAUAAUAAUAGUAGUAAUAAUAAUAAUAAUAAAGGAACAUUGAGGGCACUUUAAGUCAAGGGCAUUCGCCACAACUUUUGCACUUCUUUAAGCUUGCCAUGUUUACUGACAUGCGCAGUACGAGAGGACAGAUGCAGGCCUACGCUGUAUUUAUACUUUUCACUACUCCCCCUCCCCUUCCGGGCAUAAAUUAAGGCAGGUCACUUCAGUGCUGAGAUGUUUCGGCAAACGAUGCAGAAAAACCGCCCCUUCUCUUCCCCCCUCCCACCACUUUAUGAGGUCGUAGGCACUUGUGCAAUUUUAACUUUGAAUGGUACACCUGGGAUUUCUAACGCCACACAUUUCCAAGACGCAUCUGCUUUCCCAGAAGGCAGUCUGGAUUGUUGAUUUGAACACAAUCCCCCCCACCCCCCCCUGCUGUUUUCAACCCAGCAAAAAUGACUUGAUAACGAAAUCUUAACAUUUGAUGGGUUUCUUUUUUUCUGGAAACGCAUCCAGGGGUGGUAAUACGUAUUAUCCGAGAAACUUUUGUGAACAAUGUAAAAAAACUCCACCCAAAUGCGAAGAAUCCUCAUUUGGUACCUUUCUUUUGAAUGUAUGUGGUGGUCUCUGGAAAAAAAAAGAAAAGAAAAAAGGAACACUGCAUCUUUAAAAUAAGAAAGUGGGAACAACUUAUUUGCGUAGCAUGUCGGCAUCUCGCAUUUAUUUCCUGUAACGUUCCCCCUCUUCCCAUAUGCUUCCAGAAUUGAUAACUCUGGGCCUCUUGUUCAGUCAGCUGAUUUAAAUUGCAUUAUCAAGACCCCCCCCCAACCCAGGCCCGUGAAAUGAACCCGCCACUUGGUUCUGUUUCAUCAAUACUCUGCUUUUUCUUUCUUUCUUUCUUUUUUUUUUUAAUGAUAGCUCUUCAAGUAUUUGUUUUUGAAACUGUACAGUGUGGAGUUUACUAGAUGUUCUGUUCCAGUGCGGUGCCUCAUUGACACUUUCUCCCCCCGCCCCCUCCUGCUCUUGGUGAGAAAUUUUACCUUGUUCUAAAAUGAUGACGGUGUUCUCCUCCUCGCAUGACUGUUAAAAGCUUUCUGUGCACAGAUGAUUGUCUUAAGUGCCACAUAGCUGGAGCUGAAACAAACAAAUAAACAAAAAAAGUUACCUCCAAUUAUGCUCAAUGAAAUUCUCCCCAGCAAAGAGAACAUUUCAUCGGGGAGAAUAAAGCGUGUUUUUAGCUGUUCCAACGUCUUUUUUGCUCUGUUGUAUUUUGGCAGCAGUGCCCUUGUUACGAAUCAAACAUUAAAAUUUCGUUUUGAAAAUUUACCUUUUACUUUUUCCAAAUAAUUUUGUUUGCCUUUUGAAGAUUUUUUGUGAAUGGGGAGUCUUGCUGUUUUAGUCUCGGGGUGACUUGUGUUUAAUUUUUCUUCCUGCAAGGGCGAGAAAGUCCUUUGAGUGGAUUCUUAGUGGGCCAGUCGCUAUGCAUAUAUGCUGAAAUGAGUAAGUUUUAUUUUCCUGUUAACGAAGCUAAUCUGGCAUUAUGGUUCUCAGCUUGAUCCACAGUUAGUUAAUUUGUUUCUCUGAUCCAAAAUUCCAUUGAGCUCAGUAAGACUGUUUGUUAGGAAAUUAGAAUUACAGUUUUGGCCUCUUCAGGUGCAUCCGAAGUUACGUAAGGUGUAUAUCAAAGUUUAUAUUAGGUGUUUACAGAUGAUAGCAUUCUACAUUAAUACAUAAGCAAUCAGCCUGCUAAACCAAACUUAAUAAAUGUGUGUCUUUGAAAGUUACUUUCUGUUAAUUCUCAUGGAAACUGCAAAAAACAUAGAUUGAGAAUAUUGUUGGAAAAGGUUUGACAGGUCCCAAGUUCUCUGCAACUUCCUAUGACUGUUCAGACCUGUCUUAGAUCCGUCUUUCAUUUUUAAAAAAACAGAGUUUACCAUAAUGCCUGCUGUUAAGUUGAGCUGUUCUUGGGGCUUGGCUUGCAUCAUUAUUGCAACAUUAAUUUGGUGGUUUUAGACUGUUAAAGAGUCUCUCAAGUGAGACAACACAGCAGUUUUUGUUACAGGAAUGGAAAGCUUUGUUGCCUUUGUUUAUUAUGUUUUGUACGAUCCUAUUCACCUGCAAUUUACAAUUGGACAAGGGAAGCUACAGACAAAACAUAUUAAAACAGUGCUGCCCCAAACUUUUUGGGCACCAGGGAUCGGUUCUGUGGAUGUGGUUUUGCACACUGCCUGCAUCCCACGGAUGUGGCUUUGCUUGUUUGUGCAGCCCGGUUUCUGGCAUGCCAUAGGCCAGUGCAGCAGGGGUUAGGGACCCCUGUACUAAAAUCUGCUUUGAGAUAGUCAAUCUGUCUGCCAAUUGACUUUUGGCCACUAACUGUUCAUUAAAGGCACAUCUUUUGACAGAAUAGAAUGUCUUGGUGAAAAAAGUAAGGCUCCACAUUUAGGCAAGAAAAACCAAAUGCAAAACUGUA